AAAGAGAAGAAAAAAAAAGAAAAGAAAAAGAAAAGCAUGGAAAUUACCUAAGUCAUCCCUCGCGUGUGAAAAGGAAAGAGUAGACUGAGAAGACGGUUGAUGGACGGUUCAUCGAACGGCGGCUCAUCCCUCUCGAUUCAUUCGAGCGUUCUGAUUGGUUCUACGAAUUGUGCGAAGUGGUGGGGAGAGAUAAAAAGUGGAGCGCGAGUGGCAGAGCAGCGCACUCUGCAGCGGUAAACCGGGAUGAGAGGAGAGGUUAUUCGGUAGAUUCGGUAUAUCAACGAAAGAACGAUAGACAACAUAUGCGUGCUUUGAUAUAUUUUUCGAGAAGUGUUUGUCAUUGAUCAAACGUUAUUAAAUACAAUAAUUAUACGUUCGAAAAUUUUCACAUCGUGUAACGUCCUCGUCCUCGUCCUCGUCGUCGUCGUCGUCGUCAUCGUCGUCGUCGUUUACGAAAGAAGAAAGAAAAAGAAAAAGAAAAAGAAAAAGAAAGAAAGAAAAAUGUGCGUCCGUACAUUGGCCGGUAACGAAACAAUCAAUCCAAUGGAAAUUCGACAAGAAGAAAAUAAUACUCAACGACAAAAUAACAAUAAACUUCAAAAGGCUAAAGAAAAAUAUAUGAAGAUUCAUGAUGAGAUGAUUGCUAGAGAACUUCAAGUUAUUCAAGAACGUCGUAGAGUCGAUCAAUUUUUUGCAUCUGAUUUAGCCGACGAUAUCCUUACUGCUAGUACCAUCAAAUACAGCGUAUUCAUAAAUGUCCUGUCCAGAUAUUACGAGGCUGUACAAAGAAGUCAAAUUUUUAAAAUUCUUUUUUAUACGGCUCAACCAGCACACAUGAUCAUGAUAGCAGCUGUUCUCUUUGUGACAUCAAUUCUAGUACCAUCCAGAGACAAGAUCUAUGUAACUAAUUCUUCAAGAAUUACAUCUUUUAUUUAUCUCGCUUCUUUUGUUAUGCAUUUUGGUGCACAAGUUUGGAUGACUUUUGUUUCAGGUCUUUCCUUAUAUUUUGCACUUCCAAGACACACCUUUGGUGAAGUACAACGUGUACUUUUCCCUCGUUAUUUCACUAUCAAUGCUUGCUUAAGUUUGAUCACAUUACUUAUAUUUGUAAAACAUCAUCCGAUAUAUACAUGGGAUACUGAAUUAGCUAUUCAGGUCAUUGGAAUGUCAGGAGCGUUUUUUUUGGAGCUAUUAAUACGUCUGUAUCUUACACCACCACUUCUGCAACUGAUCGUUCAAAAAAAUGCUUUAGAACGAGCCGCAGGUGUAGGUAAUGAAAUCGGCCGACACAAUCCUGGUCCUUUGAAGCACUGCCCACACUACCUCAAAAUACAUAAUGCAUUUCGACGUGUUCACGUUUCCAUUGCGAUGGGCAAUAUGCUUACUAUGGCUUGCACGGUUCUUCAUCUUCAUUAUAUUGCAAGCAAAUUAUGCGUUUUAUAAGAAAAGGUUCUACUCUUUUUCUUUUCCUAUUUUUGCAUAGUCGAUAAAAGAAAAAAAAAUUGUAUUCCAUGAAAAAUAGUGCUUAAUGUUCAUCAGCUGGAAGAAUAUUUUUGAUAAGCCAAUAUAUACAAGUUUGAAUUAUUAAUUAAUUAAUUAAUUAAUCAAUUAAUUAAUUAUUGUUGGGUGCUAAAAAAUAAGAAGGUAAUUCCUUCCAUAGUUUUUGUUUUUUAUUAUUGAUUAGGAUUGUUUAAAUGGAAGAGAUAUUGAUGAAAUCUUGACUUGAAUUUGAAUAGACAAUUUGGAAAUAUUUUUCAAAUAAAAACUUUUGAUCUUCUCUGUCGAUAAUGAAGAUGUGAACAGAAGGAAGCCUCGAGGAACUCAUUGUACUCUAUAUCUGAGGAUACAAUCGUAUUUAGUAAAAAAGUAUAUGUAUUUAAUAAAAUUAGUCUUCUCCUGUUAA